AUGCAAACGCCAGGUUUCUCUCGGGUCUUUUCUCUUGUUUUCUUUUAUUUUUCAUUGUUUUUUUUUUCUUUUUCUUUCAUUUGUUUUUUUAAUUUGUUUUUUCCUUUCUUUUUGCAUAUCACUUUUCUCUUUCGUGUUUUCGUUCUCUUUUCUCUUUUUUUCUCAUUUUUUUCUUUCAUUUUUCACAUUUUUUUGUUUCUUUAUUUUUUCUCUUUUUCUUUCUCUUUCUAUUUCUUCACCUUUUCUUUCUCGUUUUCUUUCUUUUUCUUUCUCUUUUUUUCAUUUUUCCUUUUCUCUUUUUUUUUCUUUUUUCUUUCUUUCUCUCUUUUCUUUCUCUUUUUCCUUUCUUUUUUUUCCUCUCUUUUUUCUUUCUUUUUUCUUUCUUCCUCUCUUUUUCAUUUUUCUUUCUCGUUUUCUUUCUCGUUUUCUUUCCCUCUUUUUCUUUCUCUUCUUUUCUUUCUUUUUUCUUUCUUCCUUCCUCUCUUUUUCAUUUUUCUUUCUCGCUGUCUUUCUUUUUCUUUCUCUCUUUUUCUUUCUCUCCUUUUCUUUCUUUUUUCUUUCUCUCUUUUUUCUUUCUUUUUUCUUUCUCGUUUUCUUUCUUUUUUCUUUCUUCCCCUCUUUUCAUUUUUCAUUCUCGUUUUCUUUCUCUCUUUCUUCUUUCUCUUUUUUCUUUCUUUUUUUCUCUCUCUCUUUUUUCUUUCUCUCUUUUUCUUUCUCUUUUUUCUUUCUUUUUCUUCCUUUUUUCCCUUUCAUUGCUGUUUUCUUUUCUUUCUUUUUUUGUUUCUACUUUAG